AUGAGCGCGAUCAAAUCAACUCAAGAAGGCACAGCUUCGUUCUUGCAAGAUACGGAGCAGUUGCGCCGAAAAGAGAUUUUUUUAACAUUUCUUGGCACGAUAUACCUCCCAUGUCUUAUCAAAGAAUGCGAAGAUGAUCCUUUGCCUCCACAUGCAGUUUGGAUACAUAGGUAUGUUCGAGGUCACAAUGGAAGUCAUCCAAGUACAACAUCGUCAUGUCGUCAGAUGUUAAAUUCCCACAGCGGUUCCGAAGUUGACGUCGAAUUCAGAGGAUUCUUGGAUAAGAAUUGUCAGUUCUUCCUCGAACUUUGCAAGAAACCAAAAAAAUUCAUGCCAGCCCCAGAUCCAUUCAAAUCACAUGCAAACUUUGAACUUCAGCUUGUUCUCAUCGAUCGUGCGCUCGAAGCUCAAUCGAAGGCUUCUGUCUCAGCAAAAGUUGAAGGCAAAAUGGAAGACAAGGUCAAGGGUGAAGUUCUAGGAAAACUUUCGGAGUUGGCAGGAUCCAUCAAAUCCGUGAUCGAAGUUGUGGCCAACGGCGGUAGGAAAAACAUACCAGAUAGAUUUAAUAGUCUCGAAUAA